AUGACGCUCCUUAGUUCACAUUCGUUUAUCACCACGUUCGUUUCAGCCCUAUUGUUGGGCCAGUCACUCGCCUUUCCGGCAUGGAACACCACGGUAAUACUACCGCAACCGCAGCCUACGGUGGUUAUCAAGACCAUCUGCAAUGAUGGCAAGCUCGCUGCCGCAAACCCUCGGGCUGCCUUCUUCCGCAAGCUCGUACACGAGUCCGACUACAGCAACUAUACCAAGGUUCCCUCCCCCCAGGGCACCAACAUGAAGGUCGGCAUCGUCGGUGCCGGUGCCGCCGGUCUUUACGCUGCCAUGCUGCUCGACUCUCUCAACAUCGACUAUGAUAUCCAUGAGGCCUCUGACCGCAUCGGCGGAAGAAUCUUUACCUAUCGCUUUGACCAAGCGGCUUGGGAUCAGUCAACUCCCAAGGAUCCCGCUUAUUACGACUACUACGACGUCGGAGCCAUGCGCUUCCCCCCUAUGCCGUACAUGGACCGCGUGAUCGGCGACGAACCGUGGGCUCUCAUUCCUUACAUCAACGCUCGCGUCUCUGAGCGCGACAAGGUCGUCAAGAAGCACUACAUCUUCAAGACGAACAACACCUUCCGCCUGUUCAACGGCAUCACGUGCCCGCUCCAGGACCCCAACUCGGCCUCCCCCAGCAGGUACAACGUUCCCAUCUUCAACACCACCUUCGACUCCAUGUCGGCCUCGCAGGUCUGGGCCGCGCAGGUCCAGACGCUGACGGCCGCGCUGUCGGCCGACUUUGACAGCGGGUUCAACCUGCUCAUGCAGUACGACUCGAUGUCGGUGCGCGAGUUCCUGCUGCGCCAGGGCUUCGCCAACAGCGAGAUCGACUGGCUCGAGACCAUGAACGACGCGACGGGUCACUACGACAUGUACUCCAUGUCCCAGGCCGUGCUCGAACAGUGGAUCUUUGACAGCGCCGACAUCAACAACUGGUCCCUCAUCAACGGCGGCAUGGACAUGCUGACCAAGGGCAUGAACCUCGUCGUCAAGAACAAGCCCGUGCUCAACAACCGCGUCAACGCCAUCAAGCGCGGCUCCGGCUGCAACCUCAAGGUCGUCGUCAACGGCACCCAGGAGUACGAGUACGCGCACGUCAUCUCCACCGUCCCGCUCGGCGCCCUGCAGGUCAUCGACACCAAGGAGCUGGGCCUGAGCUACUACCAGAACACGGCCAUCCGCACCCUCAACUACGACCCCUCCACCAAGAUCGGCUUCAAGUUCAAGACCCGCUGGUGGGAGAACCUCCCGACGGGCCCCUUCAAGGGCGGCCAGUCCUUCACCGACAUGCCCAUCCGGCGCUGCGUCUACCCGUCCUACGGCCUCGACGUCGAGGGCGCGCCCGGCACCAUGAUCGCCAGCUACGUCUGGGGCCAGGACGCGAGCCGCCUGGGCUCGUACCUAAACCCGCACAACCCGACGACGCAGUGGCCCGAGCAGCCCGAGAGCGCCGACACGCUCGUCGAGCUGACGCUGCGCGACCUCGCGCAGCUCAACGGCGUGACCUACGAGUUCGUCAAGGAGCAGUUCGUCGGGUGGCACGCCUACGACUGGUACGGCUCGGCCUACUCCAACGGCGCCUUCGCCAUCUUCGGCCCCGGCGAGUUCAGCAGCGUCAUGCCCUGGCUCAUGACCCCGGCCGCCGAGGGCCACAUGCACUUCGCCGGCGAGGCGCUGAGCUCCGGCCACGCGUGGAUCAUCGGCGCCGUCAACAGCGCCUGGAGGACCGUGUACGAGAUCCUGUGCACCGAGGGCAUGGAGGACAAGAAGAAGCAGUUCAUCGAGCAGUGGGGCGUCAUUGACGAGGUGGACAUGGGCUGGUACGACUGGUCGCCUGAGGGGUGGCCGACGUACAAGUAG